AUGGGUACGGCUCCAUCGCCAUUUGCGUCCACGAAAGAGACAACCAACUAUGCAAGGCUAUGCCGCCUCCUGGUGGAUAUUGGAUGUCAGGUGCUCCGGUUCACUUUUGACAAAAUACAUCCACCAGCGACGCUACAUACAGUUUUGGGAAGUACCUCAGUGCAUUACGCCAAAUUGCAGUCACUGUACAAAGGGAAGAAGAAAGUGCUGAAUCCCAAGCAAUGGGGAAAGUUGUACCCUACUCACAAAGCCGUGUCUUCUAAAGACUUUGACAUCACACUCCUAACAGUGCUGCUUAGAAAUGUCUGUAGUUUGCGCACUCCUAGUAAGGGAUGGGAUGAGCUUCCCCCAGCUACAGACAUACGCAUCGAAGAUGACAUCGCCAGAGUUAAGUAUUACAGGAACACUGUAUACGGCCAUGCUUCUCAAGCCUCUGUAGAUGACAGUAGUUUCAGUGCUGAUUGGCAGAAAAUACGAGAAGCUUUGGUGAGAUUGGGAGGAGCUCAUUUUAGAACUGAAAUCGACAAUCUUGAGCACGACUGCAUGGAUCCAGAUAUGGAGGAGCAUUAUCGUGAACUGAUGAAACAAUGGAAGAAAGACGACGACAGCAUCAAAGACAAGCUUGAAGAAAUUGAAGAUUCCCUGGAUAACACGAGAGACACAAUUGACAAGAUAGAGAUCGAAGUGAAAGAGGUGAAAGAGAAGCUGAGUAGUCUGACGGCCUCGGCUGAAAAAAGCGCACAAGAUUCGCGAGAAAAGAUGAGGCACGACCUCAGAGACACAACUGAGAAGAUAGAGAUUAAAAUGAAGGAGAUUUUAGAGACGCUUAGUAGCCUGACGACCACAGUGGAAAAAAGCACAGAUGAAGGGUCUCUUGAGAAAAUGAGAAGCGAAAUGGCAAAGAUGGACAGCGAACUUAAAGAAGUUAAGGAAAAGCUGUGUACUUUGGGAGAAAGCAAGAAUGAAGGUAUUUUUGAUCCAACUGAGCUUAUCAAUGGAAUUCGCCAGCUGUACAAGACUCGCGAGGGGUGGCUCUCACCAUUUCCAUGGUGUGAAGAGUUUCAGUUUUUUCUUGGCAAUAUUUUUACAAGGCUCAAAGUGGUCAGAAGAAAGAAAACGAGAGGAGAAAUCACUGACGUAUUUGUUGACAUGUCAUCGAUAUUAGACCCGUAUGAAGAGUGUUCAGCGCCGAGAACAGUGUUGAUUGAAGGAGAACCUGGUAUGGGAAAAACCACCUAUUGUGAAAAGUACGCUUACGACUGGGCCACAAAACAGAGGGAGCCUCAGGGCUGCGGCUCAACAGCAUUUAAAGUGGUAUUGUUACUGAAAUGUCGAGAUAUCCACUCUGACGUUUGGGAAGCCAUUGAUGAUCAGCUGCUGCCCCGAGACAUCGAUGAAGAAGUCAAACAACAAUUCUUUCAGUUUAUUCGUGAAAAUCAGUCCAGCAUUUUAUUGAUAUUGGAUGGAUUGGAUGAGUUACCAUCCAGUAAAUUGUCGAUUUAUUCCGAAUUAAUCGAAGGAAGAGUACUCCCCAGAUGCCACAUAGUUGUCACAGCAAGACACGAAGCUGGAAAAGAGGUGAGAAAAUACUGUGACACGCUGCUUCAGAUCGAAGGAUUUACUGAAGACCAUGUGAGAGGAUUUAUCAGCAAGUACUUCAAAGAAAGGCCGGAUUUAGCCAUCAAGCUCUCAAAACGGAUGUCGCAAGAUAGAAACCUGAGAGAAAUGGCAGCCAAUCCUCUAAACACAGCACUUCUUUGCCUUUUAUGCGAAGAGUUUGAGGGCACACUCCCCGAAAGCAGAGCUCAACUGUACUUGGAUAUGGUUGAAUGUGUUUUGAGAAGAUAUAGAAAAAGGAAGGGACUAUCAGAAACGAGCGAAGACCUGACAAAUUUUUACAAACCGCAAUUGAAUCGCCUCGGGUUGGUAGCAUUAAAUGGUUUACUUGGCGACAAAUUGGAUUUUAAUGAAAGUGAGUUGGGGAACCAUGCAAAAGACUUGACCGCAUUUGGAUUUCUCUCGGUGCAGCCUGGUGGCAGCAAAUUGAGUAAAAAACUUCAUUAUGCUUUCUUACAUAAAAGUUUUCAAGAAUUCUUUGCAGCAUUCUUCAUUUGUUCUCAGAUUCAAAGCAAGGAAAUGAAACCUGAAGAACUAGUUUCCGAUCCAAGGUAUUUCGUUGAACUUAAACAAAUACUUUUGUUUUCGUGUGGAAUUUUAGCCAUGAAAUGCGAUGAAGAAGUUGUGGCUCUUGUAAGGAGUUUAACGAAUGAAGUCAAUAAAAAUAAAGGCCGUGGUACAAAAAUUGUAUUGGAGGCCAUCAACGAGUGUAAAAGGGAAAAAAGUGAUUUUCACUCACAAUUAGUGAAGUCGUUUGGAACUGGUUUGAAUCUGACCAAUUUGGAUUUGUCUUUCAAUGGUAUUAGUUCUGCGGGUGCUACAUCUAUUGCUGAGGCAAUGAAAGUGAACAAGACGCUAACCAAUUUGGAUUUGCGUGGCAAUGAUAUUAGUGUUACGGGUGCUACAUUUAUUGCUGAGGCAAUGAAAGUGAACAAGACGCUUACCAAUUUGGAUUUGCGAAAGAAUGAUAUUAGUGCUACGGGUGCUACAUUUAUUGCUGAGGCAAUGACAGUGAACAAGACGCUAACCAAUUUGAAUUUGCGAGAGAAUGAUAUUAGUGCUACGGGUGCUACAUCUAUUGCUGAGGCAAUGAAAGUGAACAAGACGCUUACCAAUUUGGAUUUACGUGGCAAUGAUAUUAGUGCUGCGGGUGCUACAUCUAUUGCUGAGGCAAUGAAAGUGAACAAGACGCUAACCAAUUUGGAUUUGUCUAAGAAUGAUAUUAGUGCUGCGGGUGCUACAUCUAUUGCUAAGGCAAUGAAAGUCAACAAGACGCUAACCAAUUUGGAUUUGCGAAAGAAUGAUAUUAGUGCUGCGGGUGCUACAUCUAUUGCUGAGGCAAUGAAAGUGAACAAGACGCUAACCAAUUUGGACUUGCGAAAGAAUUAUAUUAGUGCUUCGGGUGCUACAUCUAUUGCUGAGGCAAUGAAAGUGAACAAGACGCUUACCAAUUUGGAUUUGCGAAAGAAUGUUAUUAGUGCUACGGGUGCUACAUCUGUUGCUGAGGCAAUGAAAGUGAACAAGACGCUAACCAAUUUGAAUUUGCGAGAGAAUGAUAUUAGUGCUACAGGUGCUACAUCUAUUGCUGAGGCAAUGAAAGUGAACAAGACACUAACCAAUUUGGAUUUGCGUGGCAAUGAUAUUAGUACUACGGGUGCUACAUCUAUUGCUGAGGCAAUGAAAGUAAACAAGACGCUAACCAAUUUGGAUUUGCGUGGCAAUGGUAUUAGUUCUGCGGGUGCUACAUCUAUUGCUGAGGCAAUGAAAGUGAACAAGACGCUAACCAAUUUGGAUUUGUCUUUCAAUGAUAUUAGUGAUAUCAGUGCUGCGGGUGCUACAUUUAUUGCUGAGGCAAUGAAAGUG